GGACGCCUUGGCAUCGUGCUAAGCACUGCCAAUCAGUUGUCUGCCAGGCACUCGUUAAAAGGUCGCCGCCAUGGUUGAGGCGGAGGCGCCACCAGCUGCUGAGGGUCCUGUUGAUGAGGCACCUGUUGAUGAGGCACCUGCUGGCACCAUCGAAGAGACGUCUGAAGUGCCAGUCAGGCCUCCCAAGAGGAUCCCGAAGCCCAUCAGGGAGAACAUGGUGGCACAGACGGAUGCUUUGGCCGCAGAAAUCAACACGCGCAAGGCCCGAAUCGCGAAACUCAACGAGAUAAUCAAGCUCAAGAGGAGUGGUGGUCAGAGCCCACAGGAGGAAGGCAACAGGAAAGAGUUUUCUGAUCUCAGGAACCAAUUCAAAAUUAUUCUGGAAGAGAAGAAAAGGCACCAGGCGGAGCUGACCCAUGUGGCCGAGAGGCGCAGCAAAAUGAGGGAAGAGACGCGGCAGAUGAAGAAGAAUGCUGGCAUUGGAGAUGGGGGCAAGAUUGACGAUCAGGUCCAGGAAUUGGAGAACAGGAUUGCCCAUUCUUCCAUGCCGCUGGCGGAGGAAAAGAAGGUGCUGGCGGAGAUCGCAAGACUGAAGGCGUCCCGGACGACGUUGGCAGCUUUCGAGGAGCGGCAGAAGGCGUUGGAGGCGCUGGACAAGGAAGGUGACGCGUGCAAGAAGAAGGCACAGCAGUGCAGCGAUAAGCUCACCGCCAUCCAGCAACGCCAGGACGUGCUGAAGAAGGAGCUUGACGAGAUCAAGGCCAAGGCGGCGGAGAAGACUGCUGACGUCCCCACUCUGCUGGCUGAGAGGGACAACCUCCGGGACAUCGUCACCCAGGUGUACGCCAAGAUCGUGGAGCUGCGGGCUGACUUCAAGGCCGAGAACGAGAGGUAUUGGGACCUGGAGCACGCCUGGAGGCUCUGGAACAAGGCGGACAGAACCCGCAAGCAGGAGGCCUAUCUGAAGGAGAAAGAGGAGGCUGACAAGGAGCGUGCGAAGGAGGACGCCUUCGUGACCGGCGACUUCUUCCAUGAGGAGAUUGCCUGCUGCGACCAGCUGACGGCGUACCUCUCCAAGUUCCUGAUCGUCGACGCUGAGACGGCUCCCGCCGAUGCCGCGGCCACCGUGGAGGCUGCCAGCAUCGACGGCUACAAGGUGUAUAAAAGGAAGGACGAGGACGCUGACAGCGUGUGGGGCCUGAGCGCUGGCAAGAAGGGCGGCAAGAAGGGCAAGAAGGCUGCCAAGUCCAGCGAGCCGGCGGAGCAGAAGCUGACUCACUCCCUGGACAACAUCCAGGCCUUCACCAAGCUGAAUGUGAAGAUCCCCAUGACCAGCUCCGAGGUGCCAGCCGCGCUCGAAGUCAUCACCGCCCGCAAGGACCACUACCUCAAGAAGCGGGCCGAGAAGGUGGAGAGCGGCGCCGUGUACAAGAGGAAGCACGAGGCCCACGAGAACGGCAGCGCAGCCAACGGCCACACCGAGACCAGCGGCAAGGAUGCGGCUGUCGCAAAUGGCGAGGCGAGCGGCGACGCAUCUGAGGAGAAGGUGAAAAUGAAGACCACCGUCGGCAAGGACCAGUCUGUGGAAGUGGGCCUCUCCAUUGCUGGAGACCUUGAGGAUGACCUGAUGUUUCCCAAGCUGGGCGCCAAGCUGGGCGCCAAGUAGCGAAGGCCAGCGCUACAGGGGAAUCCGCGCGCCGCAACACCAAGUGAUUCCCCUCACCGGCCCAAGUUGCAGGGUGGAUCCUGCAGAUGACAGCCGCCCAGCAGCAGCUGCCCAGGGGGCUUUGGCUGUGGCUCCUAGCGACGCCGCAGCGAUGCUUUCAGUUGGGGAGGAACUGUUUUGCACUGUGUGCACCUCCUGCUAGUUCAGGGGACUCGUUGCUCUGGCAAGACAUGCUGCUCGGCUAUGUUGGUGUCAGGAAUACACAAGACGCUGCUAGCAUGCAAAGCGUACUCUGUUGGGUGUGAGACUUGCACGUGCACUGGGGCACUGCAUAUAAUGCGUGUGAGAAUUGUCGGCGUCAAGAGUUGGCACUGGUUGCAUGUUGGGUUGGCGCUCAAAACAAUCAGCACAGCGUUUCAGGUCAGGUGCACGCUCGUGCGGCUGGCAGUUUUGAGGGCUGCCUGCGACAUUGAACAAGUGCUGCUGGGGAGCCCACAUCAUCAUUCAGGUCUGUGGUUGUGCUGAGAGGGUGUAAGAGAGGUGGCGCAU